UCGAGAUUUCUAUGAGAUAGCUGUUGUUAAGAAGAGUUGGCUGUACUCGAAAAAAUAAAUAUGGUAUUGCCAGUCCAGAAGAAAUACGUAUUAGUUGCCGUGACAGUUCCUAUAUUCGUUGCAUGUGUACUUCUGUACAAUACAGAUCAUUUCACUCUUGUCCCGUUGCUGACUAAUUCUGGGGACAUCCUGGUCGGACCGUGUCCGAGCGUUCUGGACAAUAUGAUGAUAGGAGCAUGGAGCACGCGCACCCUAACUCCGACAGAGCAGAAGGAAAUCGACGCCUUCCUCAUGAAUGGGUUGUUCUUUAUUGACCCACGGCAUGGUGUUCAGAAACCUGAUGGUACUUGCGGAAACGUCACAUACUAUCCUUGGAUGUCUAAGGAACCAAACUCAAGAUGGUUCCGAGUACUCUGUGAUCCCAAGGGCCCAUCGCCUUGUUGUUAUAAGAACAUGUGUCAAGCCAAGACAACUGUGGAGUGUAGAUGUGACGAAUGUUUUGACCUGAGACAACAGAUACAUGCUGAAUAUUCCCUCUGGCGACCGCUGGAUCCCAGGUGUAACAUUAAAACUUUCACGUCCAUGUCAGCGUGUGAAUUACUGCAAGGUGGUACUGUACAUUUGUACGGCGACUCUUUGGUGAGACAAUUGUUCUUGGCACUUGUCAUUAUACUGAAGAAUGACUUUGAGACAGGAGGACUCCUACCUAACGCUCCACAAGCUGUGAAGGACUCCUGUCGCGGGAUGUAUGUGUUCCCCACCAAGAACUGCCGGGAGUACCUUGACUACAACCCCUAUGUGUGCGGGGGGUCGGUACAGCUCAAGUUCCACCAUGCUGCCCAUAGUCCGGACAUCCAGUCCAUGCUGAAGGUUGCCUCGCCCCUUGCAGGAGUGAACCGAUCAAUCAUACUAUUCGGCUGUGGGGUCUGGCAACACUUCGAUAUACAGGAGACCACCAAAUUUGCCUUGACUUUGACAAACAUGUUUCGACUGUUAUCGUCCAAAUCAGAAUGGCCUAAGCUGGUGUGGGCGGGAUUUCAUUACCUUGGCCUGUGGCGUCAUGCACUUGUUCCAACGGUUAACAAUGCGUAUGUUGCGUACUUUAACCAGUACAUGAAGCAGAUUCUAGCCCCUCUGAAGGUAUCCAUGUUUGAUACGGUCAACAUCACGAAAGGCGUGCGUAGCGUGGACGGAACACACUAUGGACCGGGGAUAAAUUUCCUGAAGGCUCAGAUAUACCUCAAUUAUAUUGAGGAGCUUCAACGCAAGGGUGACUGGUGAAGAUACGCCCAAGUUCGCAAAGAAAGAAUUGUGUAUAACAUGUACACACAUAAAUAAAGACUGAUUAACAACUGAUGGCUUGCAUUGUAACUGUAUGGGUCGAUGGACAAACUCCAUUGGUGGUCGUGUACAGUAAAAUAUAUUUAUUUCCUGUACAUCGAAACGAACAUAAACAACCAGUUUAAAUUUGAUGAAAGA